UAGUGGCUUCCUAAUUUCUAACCUUUGUAUAUCUAACAAUUCAACUCUUCAAAAUCUCAGAUCAGUAAACAGUGUGUUAUCCUGAGUAGUAGGUAGCACUAGUUGACUUUUACACAACUAUUGAAAGACGAAUAAGAAACGUACAAUUAACUAAACAUUUUAAAAGUAAAAGAGCCGUUGCACCUUAAUCGACACAUUAGUCAUUUCUUCCUUUAAGCCACCAUAUAACGGUCAUAUUUUCAAAUAGAAAAAGAAAAUUGGACCGUUAAUCCCAACAAAUUAUCAGCUUUAUCGCUUCUCAAUUUUAUUCCGUAUGCAAUGUCAAUGUCUAUAUAAAAUCCUAAAACCAAGUGAAUUGAUACGAACAGAAAACAACUUACAUAAAAACAAAAAAAGAAAAAGAAUAUCUCUCCUCUCUUGUCAAAGUUUGUAAAACAGUUAAACAAGAGAAAUGGGAAUCUCAAGAUCUAAAGGAAACACACACAACAUUUUCCUACUCUGCAACUACAUCCUCUUAGGCUCCGCUUCAAGUUGCAUCUUCCUCACAAUCUCCCUCCGUCUCUUCCCUUCUCUCUCCGGCAUCUCUCUCAUCUUCCUCCACACUCUCACCAUCGCCACCGCUGUCACCGGCUGCUCCGUUUUCGCCUCUUCAACGGCCGCAACCACAAGCGACAGACUGUACGGUGCACACAUGGUGGCCACGGUCCUCGCCGCCAUAUUCCAAGGGGCAGUUUCUGUUCUGAUAUUCACGAGAACAGGGGAUUUCCUCAGGGUUCUGAAAUCUUAUGUUCUGGAAGAAGACGGAGCGGUGAUUCUUAAACUCGCCGGUGGUUUGUGUAUAGUGAUGUUCUGCUUAGAGUGGGUUGUUCUUGUGUUAGCGUUCUUGUUGAAGUACAGUGAUUAUUUGGAUGAGAGCGUUGUAGAUGAUGAUGAUGGGAAGUUCCAGAGGCAAGAAGAAGAUCUCAAGGAUUGGCCUUCCUACCCUUUUCAACUCAAGCUUUGAUUUCAAUUCAAUGUUUUUUAUUUUUGGUACUUUGGAUACAUUCUUUGGUUGAUUUUAUAUAUUUAUGUUUGUGAAAUGGCAAAAACUAUCUAUAUAUCAUCAUGUAUGGUUUGACGCUUGUUAUUUGAUAAUUUUGUCAUAAAUAAGAUCAGUGUAUAUUUUGAACUCA